AUGGCGAUAUUUUACGAAGCGAAGACGAAGAAGAAAGCAGAAAGAAAGAAUAGCAGAAGACGAAUUGAAGCAGAGAAGCAGAAGAGGGAAGAUGGAAGUGUCGAGGAGCCGCUGCUGGGCGCAGGUUGGCCAGGUAAGAGAGAAGCUGCUGCUGGUAACAGCGCGAGAGACAGAGAGACUGACAGCUUGCAGGCAGCGAAGAAGCAGCUCGCAGGGAGACAACAGUGCCGUACCUAUAUGUCGUAUGGCAUCGCAGACAGAUUGUUCACCAAUUGCUCGACACAGGCAGAUUACUCGAUAUCAAAGAAGCUGCGAAAGGCCGACCAGGUCCCCAAGGCAGAGUCGGGCGAAGAGAUAGGCGAAGGCAGCGGAUGGUGGUAUGAAGAACUCGGUCUUCUUCCUACCUUCUCGACGUGGGCCCAGGUCACCUUUCUACACAUGUAUCUCCUCACAGUUCGACUGCGCGGCCUACCCACGCCCGAAGCCUUCCAGGUCUACAACAGAUACUUGUUCGAACACUUCUCGCAGGCAGCCGAGCGCCGCAUGGUCGAGGUGCAUGCACUCACGUCCCGCACCGUGCGGGUCUCCUACCUGAAGGAUCUAUUCGUGCAGUGGAGAGGCGCCAUAGCUGCCUACGACGAAGGCAUAGUCAAGGGAGACGCCCAGCUGGCCGCUGCUAUCUGGAGGAACCUGUUCAAGGGGCUAGCCACCGACCACAAGGGCGAAGAGCUCGACUGGGCCAAGAUCGCAAAGGUCGUCUUGUACAUGCGCCGGUCGCUGGACAACCUGGCCGAAUUCGAGACCCAGGAAGUCAUAUUUGCGUUCAUGGAAGGGGCAGGGCCAGAGAUGUUCUUCAACCCUGUCGAGCUCACUGUCUUUGCGAGGAAGGCUAAGAGCGCUGAAGAGUCAAGUAGUAGCAGCCAGAAAAGUCCUCUGGGGUCCCCGAGAACGUAG